UGCGUCUCAGGUCCCUGCGUCACCACCCGGGAGCUUCUCGUGGGGCCACGCCUUCCGCGGUGCAGCCGGCUCCCUGCGGACUCAUUUCAAGUGGCAGCCACCGGGUGAAGAGAUCUAGUUCUGAUAAUUAGUUGUAUCCCUUCUGCAGUAUUGGGGUUCACAGGCUGCUUAGGAUUUUGUCGUCGCUUCUAUGGCUUCCUCACAAACGUCACAGACUGUUGCAGCCCAUGUCCCCUUUGCAGACUUAUGUUCCACAUUAGAACGAAUACAGAAAAGUAAAGACCGUGCAGAAAAAAUCAGGUACUUCAAGGAGUUUUUAGAUUCUUGGAGAAAAUUUCAUGAUGCCCUUCAUAAGAACAAUAAGGAUGUUAUGGACUCUUUUUACCCAGCAAUGAGACUUAUUCUCCCUCAGUUAGAAAGAGAGAGGAUGGCCUAUGGAAUCAAAGAAACCAUGCUUGCUAAGCUUUACAUUGAACUGCUGAAUUUACCAAGAGAAGGCAAGGAUGCCCAGAAGCUCCUGAAUUACCGAACCCCCAGUGGAGCUCGCACGGAUGCUGGGGACUUUGCGAUGAUUGCAUACUUUGUUUUGAAGCCAAGGUGCUUACAGAAAGGAAGCCUAACCAUAAAACAGGUAAAUGAACUCCUAGACUUAGUUGCCAGCAAUAACUCUGGCAAAAGAAAAGACCUAGUGAAAAAGAGCCUUCUUCAGUUAAUAACCCAGAGUUCAGCACUCGAGCAAAAGUGGCUGAUUCGUAUGAUUAUUAAAGACUUAAAGCUCGGUGUCAGUCAGCAAACAAUAUUUUCCGUCUUCCACAAUGAUGCGGUUGAGUUGCACAACGUCACCACAGAUCUGGAAAAGGUUUGUAGGCAACUACAUGACCCCUCUGUAGGGCUUAGCGACAUCUCUAUCACUUUGUUUUCUGCCUUUAAGCCAAUGCUAGCUGCUGUAGCAGAUGUGCAGCGUGUGGAGAAGGACAUGAAGCAGCAGAGUUUUUACAUCGAAACUAAGCUCGAUGGUGAGCGCAUGCAGAUGCACAAAGAUGGCGCGCUGUACCGGUACUUCUCCAGAAAUGGUUACAACUACACCGAUCAGUUCGGUGAAUCUCCACAGGAAGGCUCUCUCACCCCAUUUAUUCACAACGCAUUCAAGACAGAUGUGCAAGCGUGCAUCCUUGACGGUGAGAUGAUGGCCUACAAUCCAACAACACAGACUUUCAUGCAGAAGGGGGUCAAGUUUGACAUCAAAAGAAUGGUCGAAGAUUCUGACCUACAGACAUGUUACUGUGUUUUUGAUGUGCUGAUGGUUAAUAAUAAGAAGCUGGGGCGUGAGACUCUUAGGAAGAGGUAUGAUAUCCUUAGUAGCACUUUCACACCCAUACAAGGUCGAAUAGAAAUAGUGCAGAAAACUGUAGCUCGUACAAAGAAGGAAGUAGUGGAUGCAUUAAAUGAUGCCAUAGACCAGAGAGAAGAGGGGAUCAUGAUCAAACAUCCUCUGUCCAUCUACAAGCCAGACAAAAGAGGUGAAGGGUGGCUGAAGAUUAAACCAGAGUAUGUCAAUGGAUUAAUGGAUGAAUUAGACCUUUUAAUUGUGGGGGGCUACUGGGGUAAAGGUUCACGAGGUGGCAUGAUGUCUCACUUCCUGUGUGCAGUGGCAGAGGCGCCACCUCCUGGUGACAGGCCAUCUGUGUUCCACACUCUGUGCCGUGUUGGGUCAGGUUACACCAUGAAAGAACUCUAUGACCUGGGCUUGAAAUUGGCAAAAUACUGGAAGCCUUUUCAUAGAAAAUCUCCACCAAGUAGCAUUUUGUGUGGCACAGAGAAGCCAGAAGUGUACAUUGAGCCUCAUAACUCUGUCAUUGUUCAGAUUAAGGCAGCAGAGAUUGUCCCCAGUGAAAUGUACAAGACCGGCUCUACCUUGCGCUUCCCACGAAUCGAGAAGAUCAGAGACGACAAAGAGUGGCAUGAAUGUAUGACGCUGGGUGACUUGGAGCAGCUGAGGGGGAAAGCAUCUGGGAAGCUUGCCACAAAACACCUUCAUGUGGGUGAUGAUGAUGAACCUAAAGAAAAGAGGCGGAAGCCCAUCUCCAAGACAAAGAAAACCAUUGGAAUCAUUGAACAUUUAAAAGCUCCUAACCUUUCUAACAUAAGCAAAGUUUCUAAUGUAUUUGAAGAUGUUGAAUUUUGUGUUAUGAGUGGAUUAGAUGGUUAUCCAAAGUCUGACCUAGAGAACAAAAUUGCAGAAUUUGGUGGUUAUAUAGUACAGAAUCCAGGCCCAGAUACAUAUUGUGUGAUAGCAGGUUCUGAGAACAUUAGAGUGAGAAACAUAAUUUCUUCAGAUAGACACGAUGUUGUCAAGCCUGAGUGGCUUUUGGAGUGUUUUAAAACAAAAACAUGCGUGCCAUGGCAACCUCGCUUUAUGAUUCACAUGUGCCCAUCAACAAAGCAGCAUUUUGCCCGUGAAUAUGACUGCUACGGUGAUAGCUAUUUUGUUGACACAGAUUUGGAUCAACUGAAAGAAGUGUUUUUAAGAAUUAGACCCAGUGAGAAGCAGACUCCUGAGGAAAUGGCCCCUGUGGUUGCUGACUUAGAAAGCCGUUACUCCUGGGACCACUCUCCCCUCAGUAUGUUUCGACAUCACACUGUCUACUUGGACUUGUAUGCUGUUAUUAAUGACUUGAGUUCCAAAAUUGAAGCCACAAGAUUAGGUGUUACAGCACUCGAGCUGCAGUUUCAUGGAGCAAAGGUGGUUUCCUACUUAUCUGAAGGGGUAUCUCAUGUAAUCGUCGGGGAAGAUCAAAGACGAGUUACAGACUUUAAAAUACUCAGAAGAACGCUUAAGAAAAAGUUUAAAAUCCUGCAAGAACGUUGGGUGACAGAUUCAAUAGACAAGUGUCAACUUCAGGAGGAAAACCAGUAUUUGCUUUAGGACUUGCUAGCCAGGGAAAGUGUUAUCCAUGUCAGACAACAAACGGCAGUGGUGAUGAAUUAGCCAGUGGACUUCAUUUUAUCUCCUAAUACUUCAAAAGGAUUAGUUAUCAGAAGGCACUAAUUUUCAAGUAGAAAGGAAACUAAAUGGGCCAAAGCCAAAAAAAAUGUGUUUUCUAACAUUGACUUAUAACUAUGACAUACAAUGACAGCUUCAAGAACUACUUGUGUGGUGUCCAUAUUGAAGCUAGAAUUUUGACUCAGGUAUUAAGAAAGUGUAUUUGGAACCUUUUAGAGUCAUCACCACUAUUGACUUUCUAAACAGAAUUUUCCAGAGUUAAAAAUUAAAGAUUUUAGCUAAUAAAAGGAUUAUACCAAUAAAAAAAAUCAGAAUUGUUAGUUAGACUUAUAAAAAUAAGCCUUUUAAUUUAAGGCCUCAAAUGCCUCCUAUAAGCAUGAAAUAUUUUAAUAAAAAGUUUUAAGGUUCAUCAAAUGCUUUUUGAUAAUGUGAGGAAAGUUGAGUGAGAAUCAUCUAAACACCAAACACUUGAGAUAUUAAUUUUAUAUUUAAAAAAAAUCCUUACAACUUUAAGUUAGCUAAGACUUAAUUUUUUUGAAGACCUGUUUCAUGGAGAAGUGUUUUGCGUGAAUUUGCACUCCAGCAUUAACAGUGUUCACGGAACUUGUCUCCCAUUGAUGAUCCAUUGAGUAGCUGUCCAUACAGUGAACAUACUAUCACUUUCAUUACAGACUAGGAGCUGUGACUUUUAGAGAUGGCCUUUGUGACACUGUUGAAGUCACAGUCAUGUGCGUAUUAUAUCUGUCGAGAUUUGUACUUCCAUGGCAGCACUGAAAUGGAAGAAUGUGGGACCUGAAGUGAUGGGUAUAAACUAUUUAAGUAAUUAGACUUCUUUUUGAAGCAAUUGAAGAAAUGUUUGUAAUUAUUAUAACUUAA